AUGCCAGCGGGUGCGGCGUGCAAGGACAACCCUGCCUGGGGGAACCUCCACCGAGGCACGAGACGACGGAGGGUCAAGGUGCUGCUGCUAGCAGGUCCAAGGCUAGCGAAAUGGUCCGACGCAGAGGAUUAUGAAGGCACGAAGCUGCAGCAUAGCCUUUGGCGCCAGGCGCGGAUGCACCCAGCGGCGAUGCGCGGCGGAUGGCAGCGUGCAGUGCCGGGCCAUCAUAACCAGCAGCCCGCCCCGUCGUCGAGGCUGCGGCAGGGGCUGCUGGGCGGGUUGAUGGGCAGUGACAGGCGCCGCAAGGGGUGA